AUGUUAAAUUUUGUAGAAUUAUUAUUAAUAUUUGUUUCAGUUUUAUUAGCUGUAGCUUUCUUAACAGUAGCUGAGCGUAAAACUUUAGGUUAUAUGCAACGUAGAGUAGGUCCUAAUGCUGUAGGUUAUUAUGGUAUAUUAAUGGCUAUAGCUGAUGCAGCUAAAUUAUUAUUAAAAGAAAUAGUUAUGCCAACACAUGCUGAUAAAUUAAUAUUAAUUAUAAGUCCUAUAAUAUCAUUAAUAUCAGCUUUUUUAUGUUGAUCAUUUAUACCAUUUGCACCAGGUACAACAAUAAGUGAUCAUAGUUAUGGUUUAAUAUUUACAUUAGCUAUAAGUAGUGUAGGUGUAUUUGGAACUUUAUUAGCUGGUUGAUCAGCUAAUAGUAAAUAUUCUUUAUUAGGUUCUAUACGUUCUACAGCUCAAUUAAUUAGUUAUGAAUUAAUAUUAACUACUAUAGUUUUAUUAUGUAUAUUAUUAACAGGUACUAUGAAUUUAUCUAAAUAUGUUGAAUUACAAGAAUCUAUAUGAAUAGGUGUACCUUUAUUCCCUAUAUCUAUAAUAUGAUUUAUAGGAUGUGUAGCUGAAUGUGCUAGACCUCCUUUUGAUAAUGUUGAAGCUGAAUCUGAAUUAGUUUCAGGUCAUAUGACAGAGUAUUCAUCAUCUAUAUUUGUUUUAUUCUUCUUAUCUGAAUAUACAUCUAUAUUAUUCUUAUCAACUUUAACUAGUAUAUUAUUCUUUGGUGGAGGUACUGGUAUAAUAUUAGGUAUAAAAGCUAAUAUAUUUGCAUUUACAUAUAUAUGAGUAAGAGCUACAUUACCAAGAGUAAGAUAUGAUAAAUUAAUACAUAUGUGUUGAGUUAUAUUCUUACCAUUAUUAUUUGGUUUAGCUAUAUUCUUACCUUCUUUAAUAUACUUUAUAGAUGCUAUAGUUUAUCUAUAUCCUACUAUAUAA